AGAUUCCGGUGAAACAUCCUCAGAUGGCGACAACUCAUCCAUGUCUUAUCGGCCAAAGAAUCUCUGUUCCUCAAUUUCACCUCCUCUUCAGCCCCAAAAAUUCUCCAAAUCCGGAGCUCUCCACCAACAAACGCACCAAUUUCUCCUUAUCUAUCGGCCUACGACAUUCCUUUGCUUCUUCUAUAUCAACCUGGAACCCUAAGAAACCGUCUUUAAGCUGUCUGCGAAAUUGCGCCGCCGUUGAUGGCGCAGAUACCAGUUCGUGUGAGGAUAAGUGGGAUUGGGAUCGUUGGAACCGCCACUUCUCCGAGAUUGAAGAAGUCGAGACCGUUGUUUCUCUUCUCAAGUCUCAACUUGGAGAUGCUGUUGAAAAAGAAGACUUUGAAGAAGCAGUAAAGUUGAAACAAGCUAUUGCAGAAGCUACUGUUGAUGAUGCUGUCGCUGAGAUCAUGCGCCAGUUACAGACUGCAAUAAGCGAAGAGCGUUACCAUGAUGCUUCCAGGUUAUGUAACGAGACAGGAAGUGGACUGGUGGGUUGGUGGGUUGGUUAUCCUCGAGAUUCUGAGGAACCAUUUGGCAGAAUUGUACACAUAACUCCAGGUGUUGGUAGGUUUAUUGGCAAGAGUUACAGCCCAAGACAGCUGGUGGCUGAAGCAGCUGGAACACCUCUGUUUGAGAUUUUCGUUGUUAAAGACACUGACGGAGGAUAUGUUAUGCAGGUGGUGUAUUUGCAACACGUGAAGCAAAACCUGUCCAUUUCCGAGAAUUCCUAUUUAAGAGCACAGCAAUCAUCAAAUACCUCAAUCGAUGACCCAUCCAUUCUAGAUGAACGAGGAAGUGAAUUGAAGGCGGAUAAAAAAGAAGAUAUACAACUAAAUGCUGGGGAACCAACUGAAGAAGGAAUAAAAAAUGUGCUAAAAUUUCUAAAAGAUAAAAUCCCAGGGCUAAAACUGAAAGUAAUGGAUGUUAUUAAAAUCCCUGAGGAAGAGAUUGUAGGUAGUGAUGCUGCUACUGAAGAGCUGGUUGGAGAAGGCAUUGAGGAAACAAAUUCUUCCGAUGAUGAAGAAGAAGAAGAAGAAAAUGACAGUAUUGAAGAAAUCUCAUCUAUGGAUAGUGCAGAUUAUGGAAAGCAUUUAAACACUAAGCUUGUCAUCGGAGGGGUUCUACAUAACAUAGAGGAUUCCUCUAUAAAUGAUGAGAUUGUCCGUGUCUCGGCAGAUAUAAUGGAUGCUGAAAGGGAUUCCUUUAUCUUGCAUGUUCCUGGGAGAAGUAAGAUUGAUAUCGAUACAAGGAAAAACGGAGUGUCCAAGGAACAAGUAACAGCUCUUGCAGCUCAAGGAAUUUCAGAUCUGAUGCCACCAGAGGUUGCCAAGGCGUUCUGGGGUUCAGAAAAAGCUUCUUUGAAGGUAUCGAGAAAUGUGCGUGAGAUUGUCAAGCUUGCUAUAAAUCAGGCGCAAAAAGGAAACCGUCUCUCGGAGUAUACAUCAUUUAAUAGAAUCAUAACUCCUGAAAGCAACCUAGACCCUUUUGAUGGCCUAUAUGUGGGUGCAUUCGGGCCUUAUGGCACUGAGAUAGUGCAACUUAAGCGUAAGUAUGGUCGGUGGAAUGAUGCAGAAGGAAGUAACUCCUCAGAUAUAGAGUUCUUUGAAUAUGUUGAGGCUGUAAAGCUGACAGGGGAUCCAAAUGUGCCGGCUGGCGAGGUGACCUUCCGUGCAAGGAUCGGGAAUGGGAGUCGCAUGACGAAUCAUGGUUUGUUUCCAGAGGAAUUGGGAGUGCUUGCGAGUUACAGAGGACAAGGAAGAAUCGCAGACUUUGGGUUUAAAAACCCAAAAUGGGUCGAGGGCAAGCUUUUAAAACUCAACGGAAAGGGAAUGGGACCAUAUGUGAAGGGUGCGGAUCUUGGAUUUCUAUAUAUUGGCCCUGAGCAGAGUUUCUUGGUCGUUUUCAACCGUCUGAGACUGCCUGAGUGACCAAUACGCCGUCGUUUCGUUGUAACUAAAUUCUCCUUUGCUUUGCUCCUUACACUCACCUCAACAAUUUUAAAGCAAUAUCACCUUGAGAGUGUUUAGAAUAUAAGAACUUUUGAUUU